UCUGAAUUAACUAGACAGAUAUGUUGAGUUCGCAUGUGCAGUUGCGAAAUAAAACCUAACCUCGUUUAAUUCAAAUCCACGUAAAUAAUGGGGACUAAUGGAAUUAAUUUGUAUGAAUCGACAAAUUGCUUAAAUAUUAAUAUAUUCUAUGUUUUAAAAAAUGAUUUGUAGAAAUGAUCGAUAUUUAAAAUCGAAAAUUUGCCGCGCUCCUUUGAAAUUUGGGAUGUUUGCGAAGGAGUCGCGUUGUUUGUAAACAAGUGGAUUCGUACGAAGCGUUUGAUUUACGUGCCGGAGAAUGAAGAGAGUCAAAAUUGUGCCGGACAGGCCGAAUCACCUGUUCGAGAGCUGGUUGGAGGAAUGGAGGAACGAGGCGGUGGUACGAAAAUCAGAGCUGCAGAAUCACUUCACGAAGGCUUUGGACUCGUUGAAACGAUACCCGUUGCCGUUGGAAUCCGGGAAGGAAUGCAUAAUCCUGCAGCAUUUCGGCACGAAGCUGUGCUCGAUGUUGGACAGAAGGCUGGAGGAGCAUAGGAGACAGGAACCCACCAAAGCGGUCGACGCUUGCGUCUCCGGGGCUGGCGGUAACGAAGACCGUACGGUCACGUCGAGGAAGAAACCUGUAGAAGAAUCCAUAAUAGCUGAAGUGGCGCAGGAGAAAACAGCGGUAGCUAAACAAGCUAGAAAUGCUAAAAAGAGCGCGCCGAAAAGAUUAGCGAACGCAAAUGAUGUUGCAUUUGGGCAAGCCGACAGGCAAAUUUCCUUGGAACCUGGUACUUUUGAUAUUGUACUGCUGGUGGAUACCCAAGAGACUUGUGGUGGAAGGACAAAGCCUCAGCACGACGCUACGCUUGCGGAACUGACACAGCUUGGCGUACUGUUCGAGGUACGCCGUUUGAAGGUCGGUGAUUUCGCGUGGAUAGCCAGGUGUCGAAAAACUAAUGACGAACUGGUUGUGCCUUACAUAAUAGAGCGGAAGCGAUUGGAUGAUUUGAGCGCGAGCAUCGUGGACGGAAGGUUUCACGAGCAAAAGUUCCGAUUGAAGCAGUCCGGUAUUGAGAAUUUGAUGUACAUAGUAGAGAAUAUCGAUAAGAAUUCCCGAUUUUCCAUACCGCUCCCAUCAUUGUUACAAGCCUCCGUGAAUUGUCUGGUACAAGACGGUUUCACUGUAAAAUACACAAGGAGUCACAAGGAUUCCAUGUCGUACUUGUCAUGUGUAACAAAGAUUUUGAUAAAAAUUUACAAGGAUAAGAAACUUGUUGGCUGCAAGAAAGACCAUCUUACCCAGGCAGAUAAUGUGGAUAGCGCGGUGCGCCUCAUGGAGUUCAAAGAGUUCAAUAAAGCAUCCUCCAAACAGAGGACGUUUAAAGUGAGCGAGAUGUUUAUCCGCCAGUUGUUACAAUUGAAAGGCAUGUCCGUCGACAAAGCCACGGCGAUUGUAGAGCGUUACGCCUCGCCGCAAAUUUUGAUCACAGCUUUGGAAAAUUCUCGGGAGAAUGGCGAGCAAUUAUUGGCGAGCAUUCAGGUCGGCGACAAGAAACGACGGCUCGGGCCUGCCGUCAGCAAGGCCGUUUAUCAGCUUUACACGACGAACGAGUUGAGUUGACUAAUAAAGACACAAUUUAUAUAUACCUCUUCGCUGAUAUACAUGUUUAUCCUGUUCGUCGGCGAUAUCCCACUUUCGCGCAUAUUUUUUACCGCUAUUAUUAAAGCUUCGCAUAUUUUUAAAUAAUCGAUGGAUAUCAUGAAUUUUUU